AAUGUUUAAGCCAAUCACCUAAUUUUAAAUAGAAUAAAAAUAAAUAUAAACUAAUAAAAAAAAUAAAUGUUACUGAAAGACAAAAACUUUGCUUUCCUUCAUCUUUUAAAGAUUAUUUUUGAAGUGAAAAAGAAGCCAAAGAAGCAAAGAAGAAGAAGAAUCAUGGGGUGGCUUCCUUGUUCUGGGAAAUCAAACACCAAAGCUAAUAAAUCUAAGAAGAACAAAAAGAUGGAACAGAUGCCACUUGAUCAAAUCAAACCUACCUCAGACAUAUUGAAAACAGAUUCCUCGUCAAGUGGGGAGACGUCCAAAAGCGGAGGAAGUGAACAUAUUGCUGCACAGACAUUUUCAUUUCGUGAAUUGGCAACAGCAACUAAAAAUUUUAGAGCAGAAUGCCUUUUGGGAGAAGGAGGUUUCGGUAGGGUUUACAAAGGGCGUCUGGAGAGUACAAAUCAGGUUGUUGCUAUAAAGCAACUUGAUCGUAAUGGGUUGCAAGGGAACAGGGAAUUUCUUGUUGAGGUUCUAAUGCUGAGCCUACUUCACCAUCCUAACCUUGUUAAUCUUACUGGGUACUGUGCUGAUGGAGAUCAAAGGCUUCUGGUUUAUGAAUAUAUGCCCUUAGGAUCUCUGGAAGACCAUUUACACGACAUUUCACCUGGUAAGAAAAGACUGGACUGGAAUACAAGAAUGAAAAUAGCUGCUGGGGCUGCAAAGGGGUUGGAGUAUUUGCAUGAUAAAGCCAAUCCCCCUGUUAUAUACCGAGAUUUGAAAUGCUCCAACAUUUUACUUGGAGAAGGAUAUUUUCCCAAGCUAUCUGAUUUUGGCUUGGCCAAGCUUGGGCCUGUUGGGGAUAACACCCACGUAUCUACAAGGGUUAUGGGCACCUAUGGAUACUGUGCCCCAGAGUAUGCAAUGACUGGUCAACUAACUCUAAAAUCAGACGUUUAUAGCUUUGGGGUUGUUCUUCUAGAAAUCAUAACCGGCAGGAAAGCAAUUGAUAAUUCUAAGGGUGCUGGGGAACAGAAUCUAGUAGCAUGGGCAAAGCCGUUAUUCAAUGACCGAAAAAAAUUCUCUCAAAUGGUUGAUCCAAUGCUCCAAGGUCAGUAUCCUCCAAGGGGCUUAUUCCAAGCUCUUGCAGUGGCAGCAAUGUGUGUUCAAGAGCAGCCAAAUAAGAGACCACUCAUUGCUGAUGUAGUCACAGCUUUGACUUACCUUGCUUCUCAAAAAUUUGAACCAGAUGUACUGCCAAUACAGGGUUCCCGCUUGGCCCCUGGUACUCCUCCUCGGACAAAGAGAGACAGAGAUAAGAAGCCCAAUGGUGGUAGUGGGUCUGAAAGGGAUCGGACGAGAAGGCUAAGUUGAUACUUGCUUGGAUUCUUUAUGCUCCUUUGGGGCUUCUCUGGGAUCUGCCAACUGUUGAUAGAUGCUGGUAUUGAUGAUAUUAUUGAGUUGUGGCGUCUUUUAGCGUAAAUGAAAUCACAGGGCCAGGAGUUUUAAGCUAAAUGCUUACUGCCUGCGUAACACAACAUGCCUUGUUAUCAAAUUUUGCUAAAUUCUUACAAAAACAAAGGCACAAUUUUAUAAGCUAUUGUGUUUGUUGUUAGGAGAUAUAUGUAGCUUCUGUUGUCCUAUGUAUAUGAAAUUUCAGAUUCAUAUUCAUAAUAUAAUGAGAUGCCCUCUUACCAGGCAGUGACAUUUUCUUG